AUUUAGCAACUGAGCUCAGCUAAAGUUUCCAAAAAGUUGGAAUAACUUCCUCUCUCUCCAAGACCUCAAGUUUUUUUGCACAACCCUGGUCCUUGAAAUAAGAACCCUUCAAGCAACCUGGAAAACGUUUGGUCAGCACAAAAAAAAAAAAGCAAAACCAAAAAAGCCCUCCUGUUUUUCCAAAGGAUCUGUCUCAGGAAUUUAAAGCACAUUUAAGACACACACACACACACUCACAUAACAUAAAGGAGGGGGGGAAAAGCUCUUCCCCUCCCCUUCUUGCAGAAAGCAUGGAAGAAAGCUCCAGUUCUCCUGUUUCCCCUGUGGAUAGCUUGGGGACCAGUGAAGAGGAGCUGGAAAGACAGCCAAAGAGAUUUGGCAGGAAGAGAAGAUACAGUAAGAAGUCCAGCGAAGAUGGCAGCCCUAACCCAGGGAAGAGGGGGAAAAAGUCCAGCCCCAGCUCCCAGUCUUAUGAGGAACUGCAGAGCCAGAGGAUCCUGGCUAAUGUCAGAGAGAGGCAGAGGACUCAGUCGCUCAAUGAAGCUUUUGCCGCCUUGAGGAAAAUCAUCCCCACUUUGCCCUCUGACAAACUCAGUAAAAUCCAGACCCUCAAGCUGGCAGCACGGUAUAUAGACUUCCUCUACCAGGUGCUACAGAGCGACGAGAUGGACAGUAAGAUGACGAGCUGUAGUUACGUGGCUCACGAGAGGCUGAGUUAUGCCUUCUCCGUAUGGAGGAUGGAAGGAGCGUGGUCCAUGUCGGCCUCCCACUAGCCACCGCCCGGGUCAGGCAAGUCCAGCUGCCGAAAGGACUGUCCAAUGUCUCAGACUGAAGUGGAAUUGGGAUGUAUCCAAGUUUGUAGCUUCUGAAACCUUAACAACCUCAAGUAAACUGGUCCAAAAGACCCCUCUUGACCUCCCUCGCUCUGAACUCUUGCGGAGCACUUAGACUGAGCAGAAAACAGCACCAAAGCUGAUGGUCUGAAACUUUGCAACAUCUCUCCCUAAAGCGACUGGCCAAAGAGAAAAGAGAAAUGAUAUUCCUGGGUGUCCAUCGUUGUGUCUGUCUGUCUGUGUGUUUGGUUUUAGCUCUUUGUUCUUCUGAAAAGCCUUAAUUCAGGAAUACAUUUAUGAGAAAUGGUUGGGUUCAGAUUUUACUCCCCUGGACCUGCAUUCUUUUCUGGGUUUGUUUGCUGUCUGUUUGUUUAAAUCCAAUGCCUGAUUUCUUGUACUUAAUGGCAAAACUGGACCAAGGCUCUCGUAAGAAAAAAACAACAAAAAAAGAAAAAGAGAAGAAGAAACCCCACUGUGUCCCCAGCUCCCUGCAUGAUUUGUUUCAAGUACAGCCUGGAUUACAGACUGCCCUCCAGCUCUACUGCCUCUUCCUUAUUGCUCCAUGAUUUGCUACCGCUCACCCCCCUCAUCCCCUUUUCGUUUCAGUGUAUAUGUUGCUUAUUUGUUUUAUUUAUUGAGAUAUUUUUAACGAGCUAAGAGACUGCAAUGUUGCUGUGUAUACUGCUUCUCUUGCCAAUAAAAAUAAAGAUGUCAUGCAGCUAC